CCUCUUAAGUAUGCUUUUACUCCAUAUAAACCUGUAUGAGGAAUUUGGAGUGGGACUUUGGGAGUUCAAAUCUUGUCUCCACCUCUAGAGAACUGUGUGACUUAAGUCCCAUAAUCUCUCUGAAUCUGUUUUUGUAAAAGAGACAAUAACACAACAUUGGGAGUGGGUUGUCCCGGGAUCACACCAAUAGCCUGGAGCUACAAUUCCUGCUUGAUUAACGAGAAGCAAUCUAUCUCUUCUAUGGCUAGCCCUUUCCAGAGCCUGGCAGAAACCUUGUUCUCACAGGUGUUUUGAAAGUAUGAUUCUAUGCCUUAACCGGUAGGAACAGGAGCAACUGCUUCCAGGACCUUGAGUCACCCUGGGAAGCGUCCCCAUGGUCCGCAGCCACGCUUUUGGGAACCAGGCUGCGGGAACGAGGGUCGAGAAGCCAGCUGCGAUGGAGCAUCCUUCAGGCAGGCCCUGCGGGCGCAGCUGUGCGUGCGUCGCCAAGGGUGGUGGCGGCAGGCACCCCGCCCUUGGCCGCCGCCUCGGCGUGUCAGGUGGCGUGAGAAGCGCGGGAGGGGCGGCCGCGAGCAGCGCCCAGGGAGAUGACUGGAGCCCUAUUUCCCAGAAGCGGCGCACGCAAGGCACAGCUCCGCACGCAAGGGGGAGGUGACAGCAGAAACUUUUCAACCCGAACGUUCGCAGGCUUCCAGAGCUGCCUCCUCCUCCCACUCACCGCCCCCUCUUAGGUCUCACACUCCAGAACUGCCUCAAGCUUGGCUCAGAGCCUGAGUGCGACCAGAGCGCGUCCAGCAGGUGGCGUGGCCCUUAUCUUUUCAAAGCGGGAACCCUCCAGACCUGCUGUGCUUUGUGUGCCGCCGAAGGGUGGUCCGCGCCUGGAGCGGUAGGGCAGCCGCUUUCAGGGUUUCCUGAUCUCGCCAGCAGAGGUGGAAAGAGAUCUGUGCACACAAAGGGCCACGACUGUAGGGCCAAAUGGUUUGCAAAACCUUCAGAUAAAAAUAAAUGCCAGGCAAACCGUCUCAAAUCAAGCUACCCCGUACCUAAAAAAUGACAAGUUUCCUUUUCUGGCUUGGUGCCUAAGGACCAUGAGCAAGGCACCAAGCUCGAGUCACCUGGAGAAGGAGGGCGUGCUCUUGGGUGCUUUCUGCUCAAGCGCGCAGAAGCGUGGGAAAUUCUGUCCCAAGCUCGGUUCUGGGGAAAUCGUGGGGUCUUGACUGGGGGAUAACUGAUGACAAGCCCUUAUCGCCACGGGAAAACUUUUCAAGGAGGCUUCCAACGAAACUGCCAGCUACAUUUUAAGAACGGUCCGAGCACGCGGAGCGGACUUCCCAUUGAACCAUCCUUGGGUCACCCUCAGCGUGGACAUGAGACCUGAGAAUCCGAGUCCAAGUCCCAGACUUUCACGGCGCGCCCCGCCCCUCACGCCCCACCCCUCAGGGUCCCGUUUCCUCUCUACCCAGCCCUUAAAACCCCGGGUAGAGGGAUGGCGCGUGCCACCUCUGCGGUGCGUUGCAGAUACCUCUGCGAUGCCAGCUUGAAAGUCUCCCUCAGCCUAGAAUUUGACUCCAGUUUACCAACUCCUAACCCCCGCCCAUCUCAAGCGCAGCUCCAACUCCGUGAGAAAGCCCCGACUUUGCAGAGCCCCAGCAUGGCCACCAGCCUUAGCGCAGACAGCCCGCAGCAGCUGAGCCCGCUGUCUACCCAGCAGACCACACUUCUGCUUCUUCUCUCUGUCCUGGCCGCCGUGCACUUGGGACAGUGGCUGCUGCGACAGUGGCGGCGGAAACCGUGGUCCUCGCCCCCGGGUCCUUUCCCAUGGCCACUGAUCGGAAACGCGGCGUCUGUGGGCCGGGCGUCGCACCUAUACUUCGCUCGCCUUGCGAGGCGCUAUGGUGACAUUUUCCAGAUCCGUCUGGGCAGCUGUCCCGUGGUGGUGCUGAAUGGCGAGAAUGCCAUCCACGAAGCCCUGGUGCAGCAGAGCAGCAUCUUCGCAGACCGGCCGCCCUUCGCCUCUUUCCGCGUGGUGUCUGGCGGCCGCAGCCUGGCGUUCGGCCCCUACUGCGAGCGCUGGAAGGCGCAGCGACGUGCGGCCUAUGGCACGAUGCGCGCCUUCUCCACGCGCCACCCGCGCAGCCGCCGCCUCCUUGAGGGCCACGCGCUGUGCGAGGCGCGAGAGUUGGUCGCGGUGCUGGUGCGACGCUGCUCAGGCGGUGCCGUCCUGGAUCCGACGCAACCGAUCAUCGUGGCCGUGGCCAAUGUCAUGAGCGCCGUGUGCUUCGGCUGCCGCUACAACCACGACGAUGCCGAGUUCCUCGAGCUGCUCAGCCAUAACGAAGAGUUCGGGCGCACGGUGGGCGCGGGCAGCCUGGUGGACGUGCUGCCCUGGCUGCAGCUCUUCCCUAACCCGGUGCGCACCACCUUCCGAGAGUUCGAACAGCUCAACCGCAACUUCACCAAUUUUGUCCUGGACAAGUUCUUCAGGCACCGCGAAAGCCUGGUACCCGGAGCUGCUCCCCGUGACAUGAUGGACGCCUUCAUCCUCUCCGCAGAAAAGAAGGAGGCCGGGGGACCUGGCGACGGUCCCUUCGGGCUGGACUUGGAGAACGUGCCGGCCACUAUUACGGACAUCUUCGGAGCCAGCCAGGACACCCUCUCCACCGCGCUGCUCUGGUUGCUCAUCCUUUUCACCAGAUACCCUGAUGUGCAGGCCCGGGUGCAGGCUGAGCUGGACCAGGUUGUCGGUAGGGAUCGUCUGCCCUGCAUGGAUGACCAGCCCAACCUGCCUUACGUCAUGGCUUUUCUUUAUGAAUCGAUGCGAUUCACCAGCUUCUUGCCUGUCACCAUUCCUCACGCCACCACUGCCAACACCUUUGUCUUAGGCUACUACAUCCCCAAGAACACGGUGGUUUUUGUUAACCAGUGGUCUGUGAAUCAUGACCCAGCCAAGUGGCCCAACCCAGAGGACUUCAAUCCAGCCCGAUUCCUGGACAAGGACGGCUUCAUCAACAAGGAACUAGCCAACAGUGUGAUGAUUUUUUCGGUGGGCAAACGGCGGUGCAUCGGCGAAGAGCUCUCUAAGAUGCUGCUGUUUCUCUUCAUCUCCAUCCUUGCUCACCAGUGCGACUUCAAGGCUAAUCAAAGCGAGCCCUCAAACCUGAGUUUCAAUUACGGCCUGACCAUUAAACCCAAGUCAUUUAAAAUCCACGUGUCUCUCAGAGAGUCCAUGGAACUCCUUGAUAGCGCUGUUCAAAAGCUGCAAACUGAGGAGGCUCGCCAGUGAGAAGCCAGGGGUAGCAGAGAUGUGACAAGUACAUCUGACUCAUUACCUGGGGAGGGGAAUACAGGUUUUGUUUUAUUUAUUAUUUUUUUUUCCCAGCUCCAUUUUUGGUAUCACUUCUCUAAGUGAGCAGAGACGAAGUGGCCUGAAGGUGAGGCAUGUUUACCCAUUCCUGGCUCCUCAUGGGCUCAUGCUGCCCUUCCUGGAAGUACUUUUGAGUCAGAGUAAAAGGGUCUAUCAAUUUUUUUUUGCAAUUAAACAUAUGCACAUAUAUCAAUAGAUGUGCACAAGUACCUAACAAAGUAUUUCAGUAAUUCUGCCUUUGUAGGUGGAUUUGAAAUGGAACCUCUAUGUGCAGAAAUUUUCAUCUUCAGAACCUACACUAAACAAAGGGUUAGGAUAUACUCAAAAUUCAAAGACAAGUGAUUUCAACGAAAAAUUGUGAAGACCGGAAAUUCUCCAUCAAGAACCAACUUACUUGAGAAAAUACUUUAAUUCCUUUGUAGUAGCCCUGGCUGAAGUUUGCUUUUUGCUUGAAGAUGUUCCUGCCACUUUAGGAUGGACCAUAAAGUCAGUUACUCAAAAAGAAAUUCGUAGGUAAUUUAAAAAGUGUAGCAGAUUAAUUAACUUAAAGGUAAAUUGUUUAGAUGGUAAAAAAAAAAGUUAAAGUUGCAUGCCAUUUGGCUGCUAAAGUGAACUGUUCCAGUUGGGAAGAGAAAAAAAGAUAUGCCAGGCCAGCUUAAGCUGUCAAAUAUGAGGCUGUAAGAAACUGGUCUCAGAAGUAAGUCUCAUAAAUAAAAACAAACAACGACAACAACAACAACAACAACAACAACAACAACAACAACAACAGAAAAUCCCUAAUGUAUUCAAUACCUAUAAAUUUGUUAUGUAGUAAUUCAUAAACAUCAUAUGAAUACAAUUUGAUCAGAAAAAUAUUUGCAUAGCAUAUUUCUUAUGUCAUAUUAUAAACCAAAAAAGUAUAAUCAGUUGAAAUCUGUCCAAGGUCAGGGAAUGAGCUUGACUAAAUCAAUCUGUUUUGACUCAGGAAACCAAGUAACAGAAAGAUUUUUUUUCUCAUUCAGGGUUCAGACAAGGGACAACUAAAUUAGCGAACUACAUUCUUAUCUGGUAAUUGUUAUAAUACAGACGCUUCUUUUGGGAUUGGCCCCAUUAAUUUGUUAAGAUUCCAAACUCUUGACAUACUUCAAUUUUAAAUGAGCUUAAAAUCCACCUUGAUUAUUUCAUUUCAGUUGAAGCUAGAGGAAAUACGGUCAUUAUUUCUUCGAAGGUGAGACACCUAACCUUUGUCUGAGGACAAAUGCUGAAAAAGGGGGGGGGCGUGAAAUUUCUAGAUGUUCUUUAUAAUCGACAACUGAGAAGUUUCUCUUUAAAUGUUAUUAUUAUUGUUAUGUUUUUUAAAUUGAGUGUUAAGGUCUGUGAUUUUGUUUGUUUUGUCUUUAGAGGCUGUUUAGUGAUUGCAUUGUGAGCCGGUAAAGAUAGCUAAAAUUAAUCCUUUUAUUUAAGAUGGUACACUAUGAGCAGUUAAUUUUUGGUAGUUGGGAAAGAAGAAAUCUAAGGUUUUGGAUUAUGUAAACAAGUCGGAAAAACCUCAGGAAGGGCUAGAAGAAUGGGAAAGGAGGCCCAGGGCCGAUGGGGGGGUUCCCAUUUCCGUUUUCACUGCAAUUAGAGGUAACAAAAGAAGCCUGCAGCCCUCCAGAGAGCAUGCUGCUUGCUUGGUUUCCUUGGGCUUUUUAGAAUUUUCAAAUCAAAACGACAAAGGAAGGAGUGUGUGGAGACCGUCAGAGCUGCAAGACAGAGAAAGAAUGGGUACGAGGAAAGAUGUGUAAACGGCUCCCAUUCGCUCCAAGGUAAUUUACUGAACUGUAAAAUUUGAAGCAUGAACAUUGAGGAAAAAAUGUUUGGAGUGGCAGUCCUUAAAUUUCAAGGGUAUCUCUAGAAUCGCCCUAGUCCUCCUCUACCUGCCCUAUUUUGUAGUUGGAAACUGAACUAUGAUAAUGUAAACUUUAUUCAAAAAUUUUCAUAACAGAACCCCUUGAAUUUGGAACACAGAUUGUGUCAAUAUUUUAAAGGCCUUAAUUUCAACUACAAAAGUCAGGUCUAUCAAACAUUUUUUUAGAUAUCUUAAAAACAUGUGCCUCAGCAGGGCUGGGACAGUGAUUUGGGCCCCCGUGGCCUCUUUACUCUGAGAAAUUCCUAAUGGUGAAAGUCGUCCUGUACCACUCUGGACCCCUCAUUACAUUAGCCAGCCCCAGAUGUUUGUUUUGUGAAUGUAGGCACCGUUUCCAUCUAAGGCUCUCAGUGAACGGGAAAGAGGCAGUGUUUGUGCGCGCGCGCGUGUGUGCGUGUGUGUGUGUGUGUGUGUGUGUGUGUGUGUGUGUGUGUGCCUGAGAGAGAGAGAAAGAGAGAGAGAGAGCACUUUGUCGAAUAUACUUAGAACUCAGUGAAAGGAAGGAGGUUGCAAACCAGAAACAAGUAAUAAUUCCCAAAUCUGGAGGCUAUCGAGAUAGAUUCCUGGCUUCAUCAGAAAGUCCGAUUUUAUUUCUGCCACAGACGGCUUCAUUUGCUGAUCCCCACAUAAGUCAGAAUGUCCACUUCAGCUCAGCACAGCAAAAGUGUGUUUUUGUUAAAUGCCUCAUUUGUGUAUUAGAGCUCAGACUUCAUCAGAACAUUCUCCCCCCCCCCCGCCCCAAAACAAAAGACGCCGCCUUGGGUAUGUUUUGUGGAUUAAUCAACAGAGUUCAUGCCCCAGAAAUUAGCCUUUACCUGUGAAAUGUUACCACACCCUUAAUAUUUUCACACUUGGGCUGUGCUAGAUCAACUCGAUACUCCACCAUGUGUGUUAAUUGGUAUGUUUUCAGCCGUGACGUGAUUGUGGGAUAAUGAGUAUAUAUUAUGUGAUGACUGGAACCCAAGGAUAACUUCCUAUUUAGCCUUUUCCUAUGUUUUUGUACUUUAUCAUAUAUAUUCUUAGUAUGUAUAUAGCUGAUACAGUGCACAGUCAUAACCAGGACAGAUCCUAUGCACACAGCAUUAACUGAUGUAUAGCCUUUACUUUUGAUGUACUAAAAUGUAAAGAGUUCUAUUGAUCAUUAUCUAUUACCAAACACCAUUACCUAAACAAUAAAAAUUCACUUCCAUAAUUCUGUGAAGUUCCUUUUCGUGUUACAGCAAGGUCUCAUUGGUCAUGUAUUUCUACUCUU